AAAGCACUGAGAAAAUUGUUAGACGACAAUAUGAUAAGGUGCUCAAGCUUGGGUGCACACCAUCCAUUGACACUCAAAUACCUUAACAUCCCAAAAAAGUCAAACCUCCCAUUCGUGAAUUUGACCAGCAAUUCCUUCCUUCUUCCAUCUCUUCCCCCUAAAGCACACAACAACCCUCUUCAAAUCCCUUCACAGAAGCUUGCAAAACCCUUAAACUCUACACCACCCUCAUCGAUCAUGGCUUCAACUACCACAGAAGACGACAGCGAAGUAACCUACGACCUUUCCCCGGUCCUCAAAGUCUACAAAAGCGGUCGCAUAGAGAGGCUUGCUGGCACAGCGGUUCUUCCUGCGGGCCUCGACCCCGAAACCAACGUGGAAUCGAAAGACAUCGUAAUCUCCGAAGAAAACGGAAUAUACGCGCGGCUUUUCGUUCCCAAAAGAACCACCUUUUCCCCGCCGCCGCAGCAAAAGCUCCCUCUCCUUGUUUACACCCACGGCGGCGCCUUCUGCAUCGAAACCCCGUUUUCUCCGAACUACCACAACCUCCUCAACAAGGUUGUUUCCAAGGCUAAUGUUGUCGCUGUCUCCGUCCACUACCGGCGGGCACCGGAGCACCCGGUUCCCACCGGCCACGAAGAUUCGUGGAUUGCACUCAAAUGGGUGGCUUCUCACGUGGGUGGAAACGGCGUUGAUGAGUGGCUGAACGAACACGUAGAUUUUGAGAAAGUGUUCCUCGCCGGUGACAGCGCCGGCGCCAACAUUGCGAGCUAUUUGGGUAUUCGGGUUGGAACAGAAGGGUUGCUUGGUGUGAAGCUUGAAGGGGUUGUUUUGGUGCAUCCCUUUUUCUGGGGAGAGGAACCGUUUGGGUGUGAAGCAAACAGGCCUGAACAAGCGAAGAAGAUACACGAUUUGUGGCGGUUUGCGUGCCCUAGUGAGAGUGGAUCCGAUGACCCGAUUAUUAACCCGAGUAAGGAUCCGAAGCUGGGGAAGUUAGCUUGUGAAAGAUUGCUUCUUUGUGUUGCGGAGAAGGAUUUGGUGAGGGACAGGGGUUUGUACUAUAAGGAGUUGCUUGAGAAGAAUGGGUGGUCUGGUGUUGCGGAAGUGGUGGAGACGAAGGAUGAGGACCAUGUUUUUCAUUUGUUCAAACCGAAUUGUGAGAAUGCUCAGGUUUUGAUCGACCAGAUUGUUUCCUUUCUCAAACAGGAUUGAACAUUAUUAUGUGUGUAUGCUUUAUUUUGUUUGUGUUUAAAUUGUCCUUUUUAGUUCUCAGUUGUAUGAUAGUUUAUGCAUUCUACCUUUUAUAUAUUAUAUAUUGUAUCCUAUUAAAGAAAAAAAUAUUUAACUAUUUUUUUUUGUCUUGAA